CGCCAGCGGGCUUCAGUUGUAGAAAUGGCAGCGCUGAGAGAGGAGCGUCGCUACGGGCUCUCCUGCGACAAAAUCCACAAAAACAGCCCGAGUCAAAGUCUUUAUCACGUCAAACUCACUGACACCGCCAUCCGGACCCUGGAAGCCUACCAGAACGUCAAGACAUCGCUCUCAAAUCAGCCAGCGAUAUGCUUCAAGGGGAGCCAGGGGUACGUAAAGAUCCCGGUACCGACCCCCGAGGCUCCGGACGCUUUCAGAGUCUUCUCCUUCUACCUGUCCAGUGACAGCAAAGACAAGCCUCAGUCCAGCUUUGACUGCAUUCACCAGUAUGUCUCAGGGGAGGGCAGGGAUCACCUGGAGGGCCAGGGCAGCAUUCAGGACAAGAUCACAGUUUGUGCCACAGACGACUCCUACCAGACGACACGGGAGCGCAUGUCGCAGGUGGAGAAGGACAUCUGGAGCCGCACGGCAAUCGAGAUUAAACCAGGACCAAGCAAGUGUGUGAAGGUCCAGAGGAAGCAGGGUCAGGUGUCGCUCUCGGACAGCGGCAGCAAGCACUCCCCCAGCAACAAGAGGAGCCUGCUCCCCAGCCCGGUGGCACACCGGGCCCUGAGGGAGCGCAUCAUUCAUCUCCUGGCCUUAAAGCCCUACAGGAAACCCGAGGUGCUGCUGUUGCUGGAGAGGGAGCGGGCCAGUCUAAAGGACAAGGCUGACCUGAGCUCAGUACUGGAUGAGGUCGGUAAACUGAACCCUAAAGACCACAGCUACUCUCUGAAAGAUGAGCUCUACAGGCACGUCCACAGAGACUGGGCCGGAUACGUGGAGGAGGAGAAGCAGCUCAUCCACAGGCUCCUGAUCAGGAAGCUUCAGCCGCUCCACAGUAGCCAGCUGAAGAGUCCCCAGUCCAACCACUCAUUCCACAAAUCUCCCGGGGACUCUCCCUCGCGACUCAGUCCUGCCAAGAAUCCAUCCGUGAAACGUCCGCUGGCUCUGGACCCGUCCAACAUUCAGACUCCUAAAAAACAGCGGCUGGCGGACCAGUGCCUGCCCCUCCAGUCGCCCUGCCACGCAAACGGCAGCACCAACGGGGCCCGUGGCUCCUCCAGUCACGGAAACUCAAGCGCGCGAGUCAAGAUCGAGUUCGACAAAACCAACAAUAAUCAUCCAGGGAGUCCCGACGGUCCGUACUCGCCGCACAAACUCGCGUCAUCUGCCAUUCCCAAGCCGGAGAGGACAGAUCCAGCUCAGAUUGCACCCAGUCCCAAAGCCUCGCACAAUGACACCUCUGUUUGCACCGACCAGCAGUUCAGCAACGGCCAGCAUAAAAAGAAGAGGUCCAAAAAACACAAAGACAAGGAACGAGAGCGCUUAAAACCAGACUGGAUAGAGACUAGUCCAGACAUGAAGCAUAACCAAGAAAACCUCAAAGACCAUGAGGGAGGGAAAACACCUGUUAAUCGUACCUCAGCAGAGGAACUUCCCGACUAUUUAAUUGCAUACAGCCCCAUAACAGCACUGGAACAACGUCAGCAGUAUAAUGACGACUUCUGUGCCGAGUAUGAUGAAUAUAGAGCUCUUCAUGACCGGAUUGGGGCUAUCACAGAAAUGUUUGUUCAGUUGGGCUCAAAGAUCAACACUCUCUCCCCGGGAACACAAGAGUACAAGCUCAUGGAGGACCAAAUCCUGCAGAAGUAUCAAAAGUAUAAGAAAAAAUUUCCUGGGUACCGGGAAGAGAAGAAGAGAUGCGAGUACCUUCAUAAGAAACUGUCACAUAUCAAAGGCCUGAUUGCAGAUUAUGACCGAGCGCAGGGACGCUGCUAGUACCCGGCCUCGACCCUGAACGGGGUGCAACAAGACGGGACCAAAAGACUCCAGACCAGACCCAAAGACUGCCCAGCCGGGUCCAGAAGUCGCUACAACACUAUUCACUUUACUCUUCAGAGUGUUAAUGGAAGCCAGGAAGCAAGGCUUUUUUUAUUUUCUUUUUCUUUUUCCUUCAAAAGUGGGCCGAGACCACCUACUCGUGAUCAAACGUUACCCUUUAAAAACGGUUUUCAGCUCCGAUUCGGGCCGUACUCGCUGGAUUCUGUUCUGUUGUAAAAACGAUGCAGCAAACGUCUAAUCGCAUCGUUUUUAUUGUAUCUUUUUAUCUUAUGGAAACUUAAAAGUAUUGAUUUUGAAGUAUUGAAGUGAUGGUACAAUCAAUCUUAGGGUUAAACAAAUGCUACUAAAGUCUUUUAUAUUUAAAUACAAAGAAACUUAUUCGCUCUUUUUUUUUUUUCCGUUUUGGUGAUGAAAUUAUGAAAAAAAACAACCCACAUCAGUUAUUGGUUUCUUACAAUAAGAUCGCUUCUGGACAUUGACGACGUGUUUUUCAGGUCUUAUAAAUGAGAUCCGAGAUGAUCAAACGCCAGAUCAGCCAUCCGCCCAAACCCACAUUUGUGCAGAACCAAGACCGGCAUCGGUUACGGAUCUCUAAAGAGUCAAUUCAUGAUGUGCUACAACAAUCAGCAGUUGGAGCCGGUGUCCGCGAGCUCUGAUUGUAAGGAAUUUCAUGCAGCUGUCUGCUAAUGUCCUGUUUCAUUUCUGAGAAAUGUUGGAACGCCACAAAACGACUCUCCACAGUACGAGCACGCCGGUUCCAAGAUGGUGCUUAUGCACACUUAGCGUCACUUUCACCCAGAUGUAGCCUACAGUACCAUGAACUGCCUUUUUUUUUUUCUUCUUCUUUUUAUCAGAUGACCACAAACCAUUACAACCCCCCCCCCCUUCUCAUGUGGUUAUUAGUUUACCUCUCGGGGUAAUCGUACUGUGUUUACGCUGCAUGUGAAUGAUUGCGAGUUGCUUUUAUUUUGGUAAUUAAACUGAGGCGUCGAAAGUCUGGAUGUUCAGCUUGGGGUUUAGUUGCUUUAUCCCGCUAGAGCGAGCGUAUCCGAAGCCCCGCGGGAGAUGGCAGGACGGUAGGCCGCCGCCGCCACGCGGCUCAGGCCGCUGUUUCUGCCCAUUCACCACCUUACCCACCAACGCAGAACGUACCACAUCAGCUGUCGUUCACUGAUGUUUCUGCUCCGCUGCUCACUUUUUCCGUGAUAGCAGUCUGGGUGUUGCUCUGCCUCGCCAGCUGACCUAACCCGAACCCGUCGACGGUUCUUCCUGGAAGUCGAGUCCAGAAGGGACAGGCUCGCUCUUUGUAUCAAAGAGGAAAAGAACCGGUGCGGGUGGCCAGGCCGACCUCGCAAGGCUGCCGGACGACUUGAAACUCACGUUCUUCAUCUGAUCAACCACAGCGUGUAAUUCCGCCACAGCCCUGACGUACACUUGAGUGAGACCUCUUUUACAUCAGUGCAUUGGUACUAUCACCUUGAGUUAGGGAACCAAGCUGUUGUUUUCUGUCCGACAUUUCCACGACCCCAGCAUCCCUGGUCCUCCUGGCUAAACCUGCACAGCUCAAGGUGUUCAAUGAUCAUUAAAUGUCUUUUAGUUUGAAGGAAGGUUUGUUUGCCAGGUAAUCGUUGUGCGGCAGUCGUCUUGUCUGCGUCGUCGUUGUUGUUUUUGCCUUGUUUGUCGAUUAUUUUCUGUUCUACGUUCAUUAGUCGUCCGUCAGAUAAUCAGAAACUGUACAGGGAUUUCACUCAGUCCAACUGCACCAAGCGCCACUAUCAACAAGGUAUAAUCCUCGCAGCAGUCCAUUUGAAACCUGCGUACUUGGCUCUGCACGAUUCCUCCGUGUCUCUUAUUUAGCAGCUCUUUUGCAAUCAAGUGAACUUUUUUUUUUUUUUUUUAAAUACUCAGUACUAUGGUAUGUUUGAAGGAUUUGAGACGAGCAGCGAUUGUUCCGUCUCAGCACAUAUGAACAUGUCCGAGGAAGAAACAUUUAUGAGCACUGACUACAGUAACUGUGAGCCCAGGAAGUGUUGACCAGGUAUCAUCACAUAAUACCAAAACUGGAUGAUACCCCGAAGCUUCGGUACGCCUGCAGGAACCCUUUCCAUCAUUCGGCUUGCUGGACAUCUUCUCAGGACCACCGGUCUCAAAGAUGUGCUGCAUCCAACCUGACGACGAUCAGUCCGACUAGAUGGAAACUCUCGUGAUCCGUUUUGGUACUACUGGGAAAUACCAAAUGGUUCGGCCGUGUCUUCAUAAAACAAAAGAGAUGAGAACACGUGACUUUUUUAGAUAUCCAAAAUAAUUUAUUAGUUUUAAAACAGUUGUAAUCUAUUAUUUAAGCCAGUCCUUUUUUAGUAAGUAAAACAAGUAUUUAAAGUCGAGGGCUUCCCAUUUACCACUAAACAAACAUCAAAGGUGACACUUCCUGGGGAAAAAUGUCGGAUAAAUCAGAUAAAUGUGCCGUUUAUGUACCGUGUAAAUGCUUUUUUGGGAACCCCCCACUCUUAUGAAAGGGGCUUUUAAAGUGCUAACCCUCGCGUCUUGGUUCUUUUUUUAUUAAUAUUAUUUUUAAACGUAGCAGGAGCUUACUACUGAAGGUGCCUUUUCAUUAAGAAAGCAGUUAUUCAUGGUGUAACCGUCGUCGGUUUACUGGGACAAGCAAAACUCGGCACAGCAGUAUUUACAAACCUGUAGUUUAACACUGUUGCCACUUUUAAAAGUGCUUUGUGUGUCUUGCGUCUCUCUUUUUGAUGAUGCCUUGUAAAAAAUGCACAAACUGUAUUGGCACUGAUUUAUUUAAUUAGAGUAUUUUUUUUUUCCAGUUUUGAAAAAUUGG